UUUUCUUCUUCUUCUUCUUCAUUUUCUUGAGUUCUUUCUCCUUUCCCCCUUUCCUGCUAACUCCUUCCUUCUUCUGUUUAAGAUUUCAGGUCCAAGUUCUUCUCAUUCUUCUUCUGGAUUUCCACUACCAAUAAUAAAAAUCAUAUUUUUCUUCAUUUUCCCUUCGAAUAGAGGUUUGAAGGGAACACAGGAGCUUUUCUUAUGGCAGUUCGGUUCUCCAACAUCAGGAGAAAGGUUUCAGCUCUUAAAUCUAAUCCAAGGGUGCGGUAUCUUUCACUCCAUGCGAGUUCCAAAUCAUCAGAAGAAUCGAUUCCAGAUUCCCACUUCCUUCAAUAUAGCAGUCCAGAGCCCCGCCUAAUCGACCACACCCCCUUCCUCCUCUUUCCUAAGGUCCGCUUAUCAACCCUAGCUAAUGGUAUUCGUGUUGUUACUCAAUCAGCCCCCGUGUUUUCGUCCCACAUGGCCUCCAUUGGUGUCUGGAUUGACGCCGGGAGCCGGUUUGAAGCUCCGGGGACCAAUGGAACCGCACAUUUCCUUGAGCACAUGAUCUUCAAGGGAACCAGGCGACGGACUUCUCAGUCAUUAGAGGAAGAGAUUGAGAAUUUGGGUGCUCGGCUUAAUGCUUAUACUUCACGCGAGCAGACAACCUUCUUCGCUGAUGUUCAGGCCAAGGAUGUUGCUGUUGCAGUCGAUGUUCUUGCUGAUAUAUUACAGAAUUCGAGGUUUCCGGAGCACGCCAUUAAGAGGGAGCGUGGAGUCAUACUCCGGGAGAUGGAAGAGGUGCAAGGGCAGUCGGAAGAAGUUAUUUUUGAUCAUCUUCAUGCAGCUGCAUUUUACAAUCAACCUUUAGGAGAUACCAUAUUAGGCCCUGAGGAGAAUAUUCAGGCAAUUUCAAGGGUUGAUUUGCAAAAAUAUAUUUCAAGUCAUUAUACAGGUCCAAGAAUGGUUGUCUCUGCCGCUGGUGCUGUCAAGCAUGACGAGGUUGUUAACUUAGUUCGUAAAUUAUUCACAAAGUUUUCGAGGGAUCCAACAACGGCUGAUCAGCUUGUUAUGGCGAAGCCGGCUACUUUUACUGCUUGUGAGGUGCGAGUGAAUAACGAUACGAUGCCAUUAGCACACGUAGCUGUUGCUUUCAAAGGGGCAGCUUGGACUGAUGCUAAUUCCAUUCCUCUUAUGGUGAUUCAGACCCUAAUUGGCUCGUGGAACAAAAAUGCUGGUGUAGGUAAUUGUUCAGGGUCGGAAUUAGCUCGCCGAAUCAGCACAGAGGGCUUAGCGGAGAGUAUGAUGGCUUUCAAUACCAACUACCGUGAUACGGGAGUGUUUGGCGUCUACUGCUCUGCCACACCUGAUUGCCUAAAUGGCUUGUCACGCGUAGUAAUGCAGGAGAUUAGGAGAUUGGCUUAUCGAGUUUCCGAAGCUGAAGUAAUACGCGCUAGAAACCAGCUCAAAUCUUGCCUUCUGCUUCACAUUGAUGGAUCCACAUCAGUUGCAGAGAAUAAUGGCCGCCAGAUGCUCACUUACGGGCGCGUGGUGCCAUUUUUAGAGCUCUUUGCGCGCAUUGAUGCUGUUGAUGCUGGCACUGUAAAGAAUAUUGCAAGAAAAUUCAUAAUAAAUCAGGAUGUGGCUGUUGCUGCCAUGGGACCAGUUGAAGGAUUGCCAGAACAUGGCUGGUUUCAGUCACAAGUUCAUGAUGAGGAACACUGACUUUAAAAAAAAUAUAUUACAGUAUUCUGUAAAAUUCAGUAUUGUUCUGUAUUGAUUGUUGUAAUCUUAGAUUAUGAUACUGUAAUUAAAAAUUUUUUUCGGAGUUUAA